UGAUUUUUGACAAGUUUUUUCACUUGUAGGUAAUUCUAGUAUUUUAUUUUGUUAACAGUUUUAUUGAUUAAAGUUAACAAGUGCUACAAUGUCGACUGCCAAAAGGAAAGCGUUAUUUAUAUGUUUAGGAAAUAUUUGCCGGUCACCGAUAGCAGAAGGUGUAUUUCAAAAGGCGGUAAAUGAUAUUGGAGAAGGUGAUAAAUGGGAGGUAGACAGUGCUGCAAUAGGCAGCUGGCAUGUUGGUAACCCACCUGAUUGGAGAGCUCUGGAUACUAUGAAGAAACAUGAUGUGCCUUAUAACAACUGUGCCAGGCAGGUAACAUCUGAGGAUUUCAAUCAUUAUGACUUCAUAUUUGGAAUGGAUGAAGCUAAUAUGAGGGAUCUAAGUAAAAGGGCACCCAAAGGUUCCAAGGCUAAACUGCUACUGUUUGGGGACUUUGAUCCUCAAGGUGACAGGAUCAUAAGGGAUCCUUAUUAUGACAGUGAUUCAUCGGGAUUUGAGAAAUGCUACCAACAAUCCGUGAGAUGUGCAAAGGGAUUCCUGGAGCAACUAGAGAAAGGAGCCAUUAAAUAAUUCUUAACUUAUUACUCAUUCCAUAUGUAAUUCCAUAAUAAUUAGUAGUAAAAUAUGAUAUUCUGA